CAAACUUAUUGCUAGGGUUUCUCUGGGGCUACACAUAUAUACAUACUAAAUUACGCGAGAAAGGAUGCCACCAAGAGCGGCAAAGCGAGUUCCGGCCGGUCCAGGAAGCAAGAGAGCUGUGCGGGGAAGGGCGGCGGCGGCGGCGGCUGCCAAGGUACAAGCGGUGCCUGAGGAAUCGAACGUGAAAGACAAGGAGGAGGUAGAAUUGAAGGAGGUGAGGGUUGAAGAAGAGAAACCGCCGGUAAUUAGGGAGGAAAAAGAGAAGGAGAUGGAGCAAGAGGAAAUGGUAAAGGCGGAGGAGGAGAUAGGUCUGGAGCAAAAUCGAGAUGCUUCCAUAAAGAAGGAUGAUGAUGCAAAGGAACCUGUUGAUGAGUACGAAAAAGAUGAAAGGUUAGACUUGGAGGACAAUGACCCUGAAUAUGAACCUGAAGAAUAUGGUGCCGUAGACUAUGAUGAGAAGGAAAUUGAGGAAGAUCCUCAAGAAGAGGGAGAUGAAAUAGAGGAAGAACCUGAGGAGGUUGUUGGAGAAGAGGAGGGUGACAUGGUUGAGGAUGAGAUGAAAGGUGUGCGAGAAGAACUCGAACCUGAGGAAGAUGAUGAGCAUGUAGGAGAGGGGCGCGCUGAGAUGGUUGACGCUGCAGAGGAAGAAGAACAUCAUGAAGUAGUCAAAGAAAGACGCAAGCGCAAAGAGUUUGAAGUUUUUGUUGGGGGAUUGGACAAGGAUGCUACCGAGAAUGAUCUUAGAGAAGUGUUCAGUGAAGUUGGUGAAGUUACUGAAGUCAGGCUUAUGAUGAAUCCCCAGACUAAGAAGAACAAAGGUUUUGCAUUCUUGCGUUUUGCAACAGUGGAACAGGCAAAACGAGCUUGUGUUCAGCUGAAAAAUCCUGUGGUCCAUGGCAAGCAGUGUGGUGUAACCCCGAGUCAGGACAGCGAUACUUUAUUUUUAGGUAACAUCUGCAGGACAUGGACAAAAGAAGUUUUGAAAGAGAAGUUGAAGCAUUAUGGUGUUGAGAAUAUUGAGGAUUUGACUUUGGUUGAAGACACUAAUAAUGUGGGGAUGAAUCGAGGCUUUGCCUUCUUGGAGUUUGCCUCACGAUCUGAUGCCAUGGAUGCUUUUAAGCGUCUGCAGAAGAGGAACGUUGUUUUUGGAGUGGAACGGCCUGCUAAGGUUUCGUUUGCAGAUUCCUUCAUUGACCCUGGUGAUGAAAUCAUGGCCCAGGUCAAAACAGUGUUUGUGGAUGGUCUUCCUGCUUCCUGGGAUGAGGGUCAUGUUAAGGAACUGCUUAAAGAAUAUGGGGAGAUUGAGAAGGUUGAGCUUGCCCGUAAUAUGCCAUCUGCUAGGAGAAAGGAUUUUGGAUUCGUUACAUUUGAUACUCAUGAUGCUGCAGUAACUUGUGCCAAAAGUAUCAAUAAUGAGGAGUUGGGGGAAGGAGAUAGUAAGGCUAAAGUUAGGGCGAGACUGUCAAGACCACUUCAGAGAAGCAAAGGAAAAAAUAUCUCUCGUGGAGAUUUCCGUCCUGCUCGUGGUUCGAUUCGAGGUGUGAGGAGUGCAUGGGGUGGUCCUGUUUCACGUAGUAUUCCUCUUCGCGGUGCCAGAGGAAUUGGACCUCGCCCUCCACCUGUUGUUGAUCGUGGGUUCAAAAGGCCUGUCAGUAUUCGAGAUAGAAGGCCAGUUAUGGCUGUUCCUCCGAGGAGCAGACCUGUUGCGCCAGUUCCAAGACCCUAUGAUAGGAGACCACCUGUCCCCCAAUAUCCCAAGAGUGGCUUGAAUAGGGAUUAUGGUCAUCGUGAGGAAAUUCCCCCCAGGAGCAGAGCACCUACAGACUAUAGUUCAAGAUUUCCUUCUGAUAGACGUGCACCAUAUAGAGACGAUUAUUCUCCUCGAGCAUCUGGUUAUCCAGAUUUACCUAGAGGUGGUACAUCACGAUCUACAGCUAGAAGAGCUUAUCCUGAUCAGGGUUACAACCAGAGGUAUGAAAGGCCACCUCUGACUUAUCGUGAGGCGCAUGGGCGCGAUUAUGAUACUCUCUCUGGUUCCAAACGUCCAUAUACUGCCAUGGAUGAUGUUCCUCCACGCUAUACUGAGACAGGAGUACGCCACUCUCGUGCUCGCUUGGAUUAUGAUGUUGGUACCAGUGCUUCCCAUUAUGGGGAUGCUUAUAGUGAUAGGCUUGGGAGGUCGAACCUAGGAUAUGGCGGUGGUCGGAGCUCCAUGUCCAGUCAAGAUUCUCAUGGGUUCUAUAGCGGCCGUCAUGGUAUGGGUUACAGUGGAGGUGGAGGCUCUUAUGGUGGUAGUGAUGUUGGUGGUAUGUACUCAUCAAGCUACGGUGGUGAUUAUAUGUCUCGGGGAACUGAUGUUGGUGGUAGCUCUUACUCAUCACACUAUCCUGGACGUAGCUUAGGUGGUAAUAAUUAUAUGGGAAGUGGUGGUUCUGGAUCAUACUAUUGAGGAUCUAGUGGUUGAAUUUUUCGACGAUGUGUGCUCUGUGACUUGUUUAUCUUCUAUUUUUUUCCUUCUGAUUUUGUAAAUGUGUAAGGUAGGAUCGCAAUUUUCUGAGUUUUAGAUUGGCAGUUUGAAGAAUGUAAUUUGUAACAUGGCACGGUUCUUGUAAUAUGUAAACAAAAUGCAAUCGAUUCCUUUUAUUUGUAAGAACCAGUUGAAUUUUUAUGCACCCUCAUUUACAGUUGGUGUUAAAUUCAUUAUUUAGAUUGUGCAAUCGAGAUGACACAUGUUUUCUCAUCUAAGCUUAGAGCUCUCACACCGUCGUAGGUAGCUUUCAUGAGGUUGCAGGCUUCUUCAUCUGUUUUCGGGGGCUUCAUACAUUUGUCAUGUUUUCCUUUGUUUGUGAACUUGCAAUGCUGGUUGGGCGAAGCAAUCUAAGAGACACAGCUUGUGUCGAAUGAUCUGAGAAAUAUGUUGAGUGUCCAAGAUUGGUUGCUCCUGAUCUAAAUGUGGGGUUGCUUUGUGUACUAGGAGCAUUGGUUGCGUGCAACGAUCUAAGAAAUGAUACAAUCGAGGGAGUGAUUGUUUUUUCCUUUUGAUUUGCAAUGAGCAAUAGCAGGGGACUUAUUUAACCUUCAUUACUCGCUUGGGCACAAAACCUUCGCUUUUAACUGCUUAUGAUAUUUACAGAUGACUCUAAGAUAUAACAUAAUAUUGAGGUAGUAAUUUAGUGCUUCUGAAGUUUGAAUGUUCUGGAAUGAGCCCCGAGUCUGUUUUGUUGUUGGGCCGAACUUUAAGCUGAAAGAUGAUACGUUAUUAUAGCAGACAAAACAAAUGGUAAAUUUGUUUCCUGGGCGCUCCUCUACGCCUUGUAUUUCCCCGGCACUGGCUAUAAGUUUCAAGGAGCAUGUGCGAUAAACCGAUGUUUAAGGCGAAUGCGAGUCCCUAUAGCAGUGUGCUUUUCCAGAUCGUCUUGUGUUUGAUAGCAUGGGAAGUCCAAGCCAAAGGUAAAAACCUCGAUUUUAUAUAUUACAAGCGGAAGCAAUAUCACAACGGAUCCGUGGCGCAAUGGUAGCGCGUCUGACUCCAGAUCAGAAGGUUGCGUGUUCGAUUCACGUCGGGUUCAAUUCCCCUCUGGAUCCCAUCCUUUUGUCUGAUUUUGAUCCUGAAAGUCCGUAAGCUUCUCAACGUGGUCGUCAACCACAGUUGCACUUUGAUUUCAUAUACACAGACUUAAAAUAACAUAGGGAUUUCAAACUAGACGACUAGAUUAUUCGGACGCUCUCGUUCCGUUUUCAAAAGUUGUAGACGCUUAAUACAGAUCUGAAUUGCACAUGAAUGGAGUAAAGCAGGUAGAAAACUCGGCAGUGUGCUCAAAAGUCAGAAGCAUAUGGAGGGACCGGUCAAGUGCAUUCGAAGCUUUUUGUUUCAAGUCUUGAAGAAGUUCGAAAAGUUCUCCUUCGAGUUUUGAAGAACUUUACAAGUGAUGUAUGGGCUUAGUUGAACAGUAUAUUCUACUGAAAUUUGUAUGAACUUCAAUUGAGUAUGAAUACUUAGCAUUUUAUCAGCAAAUUUGACUCCAGCAUUUCUUGCAAGCGCAGCUUUGAUGUAAAAGUGUAGAAGUUCAAGGCGGUUUAUAGCUAGAAAGAGGCCAUCGGAAAACCUUAGUUCAAAUCUGGCCAACAGCAGUAACAGAUAUUGAAUUGUAUCGCCUAAGACUAGGAAGACUGGAACAUAGUCAUCCUUCAAGCUUUGUGUAUAGUCCACAAAACAAUGAUGAUAAAUGAAAAUAGUUCUUGCAGCACUACAAGCUACUGGAGAGCACUCAAGAAUUCAGAACAUAGUGGCAACCAUGAGACAAACAACUACUUGAUCAUCUAUUAGGAGAUGAAAGAAAGAAGUGCACGCCCCGGAUCAUCAUCUAUUGGGAGAUGAAAGAAGGGACGAUGCAAGCAGUUUAAACAUUUCUCUCUGAUCAAGUCGCAGAUUCUCAAUUACUAUCCCAGAAUCAGAUUUUGAAGUACCUGUGUAAUGAGCUAAGCACAAAAUACUUGGAUUACACGACCCAAGAGAAAAAGAACGAAAGAAGUCAAGAGCUCGUCAAAUAGUGAUUAUGCAGCCACGCAAUUGAAGGCAACUAACCAGAAAGGAAAUAGACAUCCCCUAAGCACAACUGAGAAUAUGUAGCAUGGACUAUACAUAGAACAGAAAACAACAUGAUAAUAAACACCACCCCUCUGCAAUGCGCGCACAUGUACUAAACAAGAAUGCUCCAACUCUGAGAGCUCCCUGUUGUACAAUUUGCAGCUGCGGAAUACUGAAGAAAACAACGAGCCCCAGGUAAUGGUGGGUCUUGCCAUAACGGAGAACUGCUUACAAUAACAGCUACAGUAAGUAACCUGCAAGUUAUUUAGAUUGCAAGCUCUGUAAUCUCAUACUUUCUAUGGUGAAAUUCAAAUCUUUCUUCACCUUCAAACUGAUAUUUCCGUUCCAUAUUCCUCUCUGUCACUCUUCAUACAGAUUUUGGAAAUAUAGUUCUUACAAGCCAAAUGCUAAGGAUACACCUCCUUUUUAGAGAAUAAGAAAUCAUCAACAUAAAACCAAUCCAAUUGUCAACGAACAUUCAUAAAGGAAGAAGCUUCACUGAAAAUUUAUGAAUUCAACAAUGGAAACUCUGAUUUACAUAUUCAAGAGACCAUA